AUGUGGCUGAAGAAAUUCUUUGCAGGAGCCAACAGUAACUGCCCUUCAUAUUUGGCUUCUGCUUUAGCUAGAGCAGCUUCAGAUGAAGUCCUUCAGAGUGAUCUUUCAGCACACUACUUACCAAAGCACGUGGACAAUGCAGAUGGGAUCAUACAGAUCGAGACGGUGAAGUUGGCCCGCUUGGUGUUUAGCAAACUCCACGAGAUCUGCAGCAGCUGGGUGAAAGAUUUCCCCCUCCAGCCAAAGCCCCACCGCUACUACGAGACGUCCAUCCACGCCAUCAAGAACAUGCGCAGGAAGAUGGAGGACAAGCACGUCUGCAUCCCAGACUUCAACAUGCUCUUCAACCUGGAGGACCAAGAAGAACAAGCUUAUUUUGCUGUGUUUGAUGGCCACGGGGGAGUGGAUGCUGCCAUCUAUGCCUCCAUCCAUCUCCAUGUGAACAUGGUCCAUCAGGAGAUGUUCCAGCAGGACCCAGCAGAAGCCCUGUGCCGGGCUUUCCGAGUGACUGAUGAGCGCUUUGUGCAGAAGGCAGCCAGAGAGAGCCUGCGUUGUGGAACCACCGGGGUGGUGACUUUCAUCCGAGGGAAUAUGCUGCAUGUGGCUUGGCUUGGGGACUCCCAGGUUAUGCUCGUGAGGAAAGGCCAAGCUGUGGAGCUGAUGAAACCCCACAAACCAGAUCGAGAGGAUGAGAAGAAGCGUAUUGAGGCACUGGGUGGCUGUGUGGUCUGGUUUGGAGCCUGGAGGGUGAACGGCAGCCUGUCAGUCUCCAGAGCUAUUGGGGAUGCUGAGCACAAGCCAUAUAUCUGUGGGGAUGCAGACUCUGCCUCCACUGUACUGGAUGGCUCUGAAGACUACCUCAUUUUAGCCUGUGAUGGCUUCUAUGACACGGUCAACCCCGAUGAGGCAGUCAAAGUGGUGGCUGACCAUCUAAAGGAGAACAACGGUGACAGCAGCAUGGUAGCACAUAAAUUGGUGGCAUCUGCUCGGGAUGCUGGUUCCAGUGACAACAUCACUGUCAUCGUGGUAUUUCUCAGGGACAUGAACGCAGCGGUCAGCGUCAGCGAGGAGUCAGACAUGACAGAGAACUCUUUCCAAGGUGGGCAAGAAGAUGGUGGGGAAGAUAAGGAAAACCAUGGAGACUGCAAACGGCCGUGGCCCCAGCACCAGUGCUCAGCACCUGCAGACCUGGGGUAUGAGGGACGAGUGGAUUCCUUCACCGACAGAACUACCUUAAGCAUAGGGUCCAGCAUUAACCUGUUUGAUGAGCAAAGCUAUUUAGACCUGACAAACCCAGAAACUAGUACACCUCAGAGUGCCAAAUGUCUGCUGCCCAGUCAAGCAUCCAGUCCUGGCAUACCAAAGAGUGGGAAUUUCAUCAACGGCUUAACAGCGAAGAAUGAGUCACCUGAGCUCAGCACAUCGUCGGGCUGUGGACAGAGAGAUCCCAGGGAGUACCACGCUCCUCUCAGUUUGGGGGCUGCAGGGCAGAGCAUCUACAGGGUGAAGGGUUUAUCCCCCAUCUUCUUUGGGCUGGAAGAGGAACUGUUCAAAUCCUUGGGAAAACGAGCGGAGUCCUUACAAUUCCGGCUCUGUAGCGGGAAGAGGCGACGAGGAGCCCGGCUCAAACCAAAGUUUCACACGGCGCUGGUGGCUCGGGAGCCUCCUCAGACAGAAGGCUCCGGUCUCUCUUUACCUCUCCAGGGUUGCAGUAGCAGGAAGGUGUCGGUCCGACAGUCCCCGUGGGGGAGGCUGUCCCGGCAGCGAGCUGCCAGCGGGAGCGGCUUUGUGAUGCGAAGACAAAGUCGCUGUAUAGCAGAGCGGUACCUUCAUCAGUGCUGUAAAAUGUAACCAUCUCCCUCAUGUUCCCCCCCCCCGCAUCCCCCUCAGGCUCCCAAAAUAGACAUUCCCAAAAUAAAAACUGGCAUCAUCAGAAAGCAGGGGGGGGGGAGAAAAAAAAGAAAAGGAAAAAAAAAAAAGGUGGGCGUUUCAGAACGGUCCCCUGCACAGCUCAAACCCACGUGUACAUAGAUCUAGGAAUUAACCAAUGUAGUCGUUUCAAUCUCAAUAAAGUUUGCUGGUGGUGCCACCCUGAGCAAUGCCACAGCCACCCGACCACCCGCACACACAACUCUCUGCUCACAUUCACCAGGGAAAGGCACGCAGGGACAGACAGGGUGAGGGAACAGCCUCCAGCAACACAGAAAGCUGAACCUGCCAGAGGGGCAUCUGUAGAGCAAUAUGUACAGAAAGGUUCUGGUCUAGAACUGCCAAAUUUUUUUAGAGUGUGGGGGGAAGUUGCUGUAGUAGUCAAGGUGUGUGGGGUUUUGGGUUUUUUGGUUUGGUUGGGGUUUUUUUGUGUGUGUGUGUUCUGCUUUCUGUUUAUUUCAGGCGAGCAUUGAGAUGAAUUAGAGAAUUACAUCCACUGUUGCAGGUAAAAGACUAAAAGCCAUACAGGGUUUUACCAGGUAACUUAAGAAUUGACAAACUAAGCUCCUGCUGCUCUGUUCUCAGACUCCCAUUGAGGUACAGACUCAUAAUUUACCCUUUUUUUUUUUCAUGUAACAUAAAACAUGGAAUAUGAAGAAAACUGGGUUUUGUAGUUUAAAAAAAAUAUCUAUUUCCUGUGGCUAGAGAUGCAGUGUAGGGAAUUUCAUAUCUUUCUGGUGCUUUUAGUGGCAUUUUUUUCUUGUUUGUCAGUUGAGGAAACUGUUCUCAAUUAGUUUUAAUUGAACACGAUUGUGCUUAAUGCUUUGAGCCAACCUCUUUCCACCCCAACUUCAUCUCAGGUCUUAAAAGAAACCAAUCUGUGGAGAUGUUCAGUACAACACUCCUGUCACUCCACCAGUCAACCCAGAGAACUGCUUGUGAGAGAUAACAAGCAACUUGAUGAGCUGUUCAGUUUCAGUAAUUAUUUCUAGAUGGCAAAGGCAUCACUUAAGAGGAAGCUGCAGCAUGAGGGCUGUCGGGUGCUGUGCCUGGGAGGAGCAGUGCUGCUGCCAUUUGGUGUUUUUCAGCCUGAGCAGCAAUGGAUCCUGGAGGGAUCCGAGGCCAAGGGAGCUGCAGGGUUCAGUGGGGAGGGUGGAAGUCACUGCCCAGGCAGAGUUCUGCCUCAGUUAACCCUGGGAUCAGAAAGGGAAGCCAGGAAUGUCAGUUGCCCUUAUUUUCCUAAGCAGAGUUAAGCUCACUAUCAACCUGGGAAACAAACAGUGCCCCACUAGCUCUUCCCUCCUGGAGGUGCUCGGAGACCCCGAGGAGAGCAGCUAAUUGGGACGUAAGUAAGCAGAGAAUUCCCCUCAGCUCCACUGCUGCACACCCUCUUACUAUUCUCUGUUACAGUGAGACAUUUGGAAGAGUAUGAACAAAGUCCUCCUAGGUGUGUAUCGUACAAUUCAUAUCACUUUUUGCAGUAACAAUUUAAUAACAGUCUUAGUCUUUAGCUAGAAUUUGCAAAGUAUUAAAUAGUCAGGAGAUUAUUCAAGGCAAAGGUUGAAUUCUGCCAAUUUCUGCUUCUUCUAUCUUUAAUGCACUAUUUUAAAAGCAAUCUGAUGAAUAGCAAAAGGCUUUGUGAGUAGCCAGGAGUUGGAGUGUGGCUUUAGGUUCCUUUGAUCUAUUUUCAGACUUUUUUUUUUUUAAAUUUUAAAUCUUAUGGGUUCAUUGGCUCUUUCCUGUCAUCUUAUUAAGCCUUACUGUUGUCAACGUUCUCUUUAGCUGCAGCCUAUGUUCUGAGUCAGAGUUACUGAGGAAAUUUGAGAAAUCAUGAAAAAGGUAAAAUAUGCAACUCUGGGGCAUCUCUGUGGUGCCUUUGUUUUCAAUUCUUUGCAGUAAUAAUGAUGCAUUGAGAGUCCACCUUAGAGCUGCCUGUUGUGCUUCAGAGAGAAAGGUGGUGCAAGUGCAAUUCUUUGUGUGAGAAAAUUAGGAUGAAACCCACGAUGGAUGAGAAAACUUCUUCCCAGUUCUGCAGGAGCAGUUGAAAAGCACUGGACUGCAUGUGUGCUGUUUUGGGAAGGAUCUUGCUUUUUUAGGUGUGGAUUCAUAAAUAAGGAUAAUUCUGCAACUCGUAUCAUUUAUCUUGCUAGCAGAAAAAAGAAAAAUAAUAAAAAUCUACCAUCAUAGUUCCAGUGUGGUCAGGUAAAACCAUUGUAUAGAUAGCAAGUGUUCAUUUCUUCACUAAAUGCGUAUUUAUAGAGUAGAUAGGAACCAUUUGUAAGGUAAGUCCUUUAAAGUUCUAUGCUAUUAAAAGUAGUGGUUAUUGGUCUGAUAUAUGCUGCUCUUGACUCUACACACUAGACAAAAAGCAGUGCUUUGUGAAAUGCAGUGUUUUCUCUUAAUGCCACUGGUGAUAGGAAGUAGUUCUCUUCAGUUCAAAAUCCUGUGCCCUUAUUUGCUGCUUGCUAACGUAAGCAAUAAUCCCUCUCUAAUGGUAUCUUAAGUGUUCUGUAUCUCGUACUUUGAUUGUCUAUCUGGUGACAAUGUAAAAAUAUUAGGCUAAUAUAAAAGUAUCUAAUUGUAUUUAUUAACUGUGGAUACUGAGAUUCAGUCUGUGACCUGUGUUUUGUAUUUUUAUUGUGUAUCUUAGUGGUGGUGACAUUUGUAUCACGAUUCUUUCCAAUAAAGAGCUGAAGUAUCCCUUUUCUGCGUUAACACAACCCGCAUCAGUUUCAGUUAACAGUGUUUGCAGAACUAGGAGGUAGGUAGCAAAAACAUACUUUUUUUUUUUAAUUUAUCUUUUUUUUUUUAUAAAUUGUGUUGGUUUUGAGAAAGGGACUCCAGGCUGUUUGCCUGAAGCUGCUCAAAACUCGCUCGUCAGCUCUUCACUGUGAGUACCAGUGGGAUUCACUUGAUCCCCACUCCAAUAGUUUCCUGUGUACACUUUUUCCAUGUGCAACUCUUGAGGAAUGUCUGCCUUGCAGAGAGCAGUAUAGCACCAGACCAGGGAGCUGUUAACCCAUUUUGAUUUGCACUAAAGGUGGGUGGAAAUGCAUGUAUAUAACUUUUCUUUACCUAGAAGUGCCAUCAAUUGUCCUUGCAAGUUAAAACCAUUCAGCAUUUGAUUCCGAUUGCAUUGUAAAGCUGAAGGACAAUGUCAAAGCAGACUUUUACCUUAUGCCACAUUUAUAGUGGUUCAUCAUCCUAGAAACUCCGCUCUGUUUUUGGAACACUGUGUGUCAGUGCGAAACACGUUGUCCUAUGGGCAGAUAAGAUGAGGCAUAAUGAGUUCUGUGUUUAUAGACAUGGCUGCUGUAGUUCAGGUCCACUAUCUCCUCACUAAAUCCUCCUGACCCUGGCAAUGUUCUGCGGGGAAAAACAAAAAUGAAAAUGAGAAAGAUUGGUCUAAAUUAAGGGCUGUUUUAGCACAAUUUAUUCACUCGGCACUAGUCUCGUAAACAAAGCCAUCGAAGGGGAUACUGCAGCUUUGUCAUGCCUGUAAUUUAGGGCAAUCUUUCUUUAACUCAUAUCCUCUUUGCAACAGGAACAAAACUUUCUACCCUUGUAUCAUGUGCAAUAAGUAAUAAAGAAGCAUUAACACAACCUCUGACUUCAAUGUUCAUAUCCCUUCCCAGUCCUCGCUGAUCAGGCGAUCGCACUGUACUUGCCAGCAUUAAAGCUAAAGAAGAAAAACAAACCCCACCUACUAGGGUCUAGUACAACUCUUGUAUGUCACAGUUGCAUUCUGUUAGGUUUUUUUUCCUCUCCUUCACUCUAGAAGACAACUUGGAACAAGAACAGGGGAAGGUGGCUGAGAUCACCCUGAGUACUUCUACUUCUGCACGAGUACUUGUGUCGCUAGCCAGGCGUGUUGGCAGUCACUGCACCAGGUGCUCCUGGUGACCUUUCUGUAUGAUCUUGUUCAUUAAGCUAAUAUGUUCUUUAUGAAGUGAAUAAAUUAAAGCUAACAAUUGUGUUGGGACUUUCCAUUUGCAACCUUGUUCUACAGUUCACAUCAGAGUUUAGUUAUUACCAUGUAUUAGUCAUCCAUAUUUUAUUUAUGAAAGCUGUUUAUAAAAGAAAAAAAAAACCUGUUGAAGUUUUACCAAUAUCUUAAUAAAACAGUAAUUCAAACCACA